AUGGCUGCCGCGCCGAAGCCGGAGGAACUCGUCGUCGCCAUCGAGCAGCCAUUCUCCCCGUCGCUCUUCCUGGACCUGCCCCCGACGCCGCACCACGAUGACGACCCCAACAAUGUCAAUGACGACCUCCUCCUCCCCUUCAUCUCACGCAUCCUCAUGGAGGACGACAUCGACGACAAGUUCUUCUACCAGUUCCCCGACCACCCCGCCCUCCUCCAAGCCCAGCAGUCUUACGCCCAAAUCCUCCAUGCCCCUGCCACAUCUUCUUCCUCCGACGACACCACCAUCAACAACAAUACGACCAACUCCACCUCCGUCCCCGACACGCUCGCCAUGCCCGACCACGACGCCGACACCCAGAGCGCGCCGGACGACAUGGAGAUGCUCUACAUGGCGUUCCUCAAGGGCAGGGAGGAGGCCACCAAGUUCCUGCCCACAAACAACACCCUCUUCUCUGGCUUCAAGGCAGAGCCGGUGCUGGAUAUUCAACCCACCUUCACGUUCGGACCAAGCGGCGGCGGCAGGGGCCGGAAGAACAGGCACGCCGAGGAGGACGACCUGGAGACGGAGACCAGCAGGAGCAGCAAGCUGAUGGCGCCAGAACAUGACGACGCCGCCGCCGCCGACGAGAUAUUCGACGAAAUAAUUCUCAAUGGGUACCAGAUGAUCAUUAAGGGGAUAGAUGAGCUGCGCGUCGCCAUGGGCAGCCAGAGCCAGGCCGACAAGAACGGCCGAAGAGCGUCACGCGCGAAGACGGCGGUGGUCGACCUACACACCCUGCUCAUCCACUGCGCGCAGGCUGUGGCGACGGGAGACUGGCGGAGCGCCACCGAGCUGCUGAAGCAGAUCAAGCAGAACUCGUCGGCGAGAGGGGACGCGACGCAGAGGAUGGCGUGCUGCUUCGCUGAGGGGCUAGAGGCGCGUCUCGCCGGAACGGGGAGCCAGAUGUACCAGUCGCUCGUCGCGAAGCGCACGUCGACGGUGGACUUCCUCAAGGCGUACAAGCUGUUCACGGCGGCCUGCUGCAUCAAGAAAGUGAGCGUCAUCUUCUCGAACAAGACCAUCUACAACGCCGUCGCCGGGAGGCGCAAGCUGCACAUCGUCGACUACGGCCUCAGCUACGGAUUCCAGUGGCCAGCUUUGUUCUUUUUGCUGGGAGCCAGGGAAGGCGGACCGCCGGAGGUGAGGAUGACCGGCAUCGACGUCCCGCAGCCUGGGUUCCGGCCAGCCGACCAGAUCGAGGAGACAGGCCGCCGGCUGAGCAUCUGCGCGCGCCAGUUCGGCGUGCCAUUCAAGUUCCGCGCCAUUGCCGCAAAGUGGGAGACGGUCCGCCGCGAGGACCUCCAUCUCGACCCAGAAGAAGAAGAAGAGGAGGUGCUCGUCGUGAACUGCCUCCAUGGAUUGAACACCCUGCAAGACGAGAGCGUGGUCGUGGACAGCCCGAGCCCCAGAGACGUGGUGCUCGACAACAUCCGCGACAUGAGGCCUCACGUGUUCGUCCAGUGCGUCGUCAACGGCGCGUACGGUGCGCCCUUCUUCGUGACGCGCUUCAGGGAGGCUCUCUUCUUCUACUCGGCGCACUUCGACAUGCUGGACGCCACCAUCCCGCGCGACAACGACGAUCGGCUGCUCAUCGAGCGGGACAUGUUGGGGCGAUGCGCCCUCAACGUCAUCGCCUGCGAGGGCGCAGACAGAGUUGAUCGGCCGGAGACGUACAAGCAGUGGCAGGUGCGCAACCAUCGCGCCGGGCUGAGGCAGCUGCCAUUGGAGGCUGAGGUGGUUGAGCUUGUGAGGGGCAAGGUGAAAAGCCUCUAUCACAAAGACUUCGUCAUCGACGUGGAUCACAAUUGGCUGCUGCAGGGAUGGAAGGGACGGAUACUGUACGCCAUGUCCACAUGGGUUGCUCAUCAUCCAUGAUCACAAAUCCCCCCCCCCCCCCCCCUCUUUUAGCUCACUUCAAUUACCUUCUUCUGCUUGAUGAAUUGUUUACACAUUGAGAUCUAGUCUAGUUAUAGUACAUGAUAGACUGUUUUAUUUGCACUGUAAAUUAGAUGCACGGUUAGAGCUACAUUAGAUUUUCUUUUUUUGGUAUAUGUUUGUGUGGAUGCACUCAAAAAGUUGUGAAAUCUGUUCUUCCAAAAAGUUCAGUUUCAAUUCUGAUUGUUGGGAUUUCAAAUCAGAUAACAGUUAGCAGUGCAUAUUAACAAAAAUAAAUAGUGCGUGGGGUAUUCAAAGUAUAUGUCUGCUGUCCGCAAAAUAAAACAUGUCAUACAUUCCCCCCUGUUUCCCACAGGAUUCACUUCCGCAGGCAGUUCUUGCUGGAUAUCCUUGUAUUUCAGUCAGACAAGUACAUCAAAAGGGAGGAGGGGGGGUUGUUCACCAGAUUCAACGAGUGUUAUUUUUCUGCCAUUUUUGUGGAGAGUUGAUGACAGCUGGGACUUGAUCUGUGACAUACUCCCUCCAUACUUAUAAAGGAAGUCGUUUAGGACAAUGUUUAAGUCAAACCUUAGGAAUAUAAAUCAUAAAAGUUGUUGAGUUUGAAAAUAUAAAAAACUAUAUGA